AUCUGUUUAAAAUGUCAAAUAAAUGCCGAUAUAUUUUUGUCGCGAAUUUUCAUUGCGACGUAUUUAGUAUUUAAUUGAAUUCGUUAUUGGAAAAUGGUGCUGAAUAAAUUACGGCUAGUCAGUUUAGCUGUGUGGCGGUCGCCUGUAAAUUUAAACGCUAGAAAAUUUUCGUGCACAAGUUAUGUUCGCCACAAAGCAGCGUAUGAGGGUGAUGGAAAAACCACAGUGCGGGUAAUCAAUAUGGAGCAGGACCUCGGCCUGAUGAUAGACUCCUAUGGUACGUUUGGUUUCCGUUUGAACAAUGGACUGACCGUACUUGGGCCUAUGGCUAUAUUCCCAAGAACAGUGCUGUCUUGGCAAGUGCACAAUGCAGACGAGAUAACGGCCGAGUCUCUCACAUUUUUCAGAUUGCUUGUGCCGAAGAUUGAUCUUGUGAUCUUAGGCCUAGACUCGAAGGAGCGACAGACACUGAACUCAGUGUUUAGAGCCAGUCGGGAAGCUAAACUCAACGUUGAGAUACUGCCGACGGAACACGCGUGCUCAACUUUCAACUUUCUCAACGCUGAGGGCAGAUCAGUGGGCGCAGCGAUGAUUCCUCCAAAACACAUAGAACUAAACGAAGAUGACAUGUUAGUGUCGAAACUGCACUAUGGAAAGUUGUACGAGCGUUCGGACCUUUUGUAGGGACAUACCAACAUACGAAAUAACGCAUGCGCGAUAACAUAAGGCACACCACAAAUUCAUACAAAUUUUAUAAACAAAGUGUGUAACGCUUUUACGGGCAAAUUACUGCACCCAUUUGGAUGAAAUGUUGAAAGACAAUAGUUGGAAGACCCAGAGCCAGUUGAACACCCAGGGAGUGAAUUUUGUGUCUUGGUAUUGUAUGAUUAGUAUCAUAGUUCUUAUAGAUAAAUAAUUAAUGUUUUUUUUUU